CGGCUGCUGCUCCGGCCGGGAGCGGGCGCCGCUGGAAGCGCCGCUGCCGCCGUCAGCCGGAGCCAGCGAGCCCUGAGCGCGGCCUGGGGUGCGCGGGGUUGUGCCGCUGCCGGGCGCAGCCGCCACAGUGCUUCUGCCCGCGGACCUUAACGCUGCUUUGGGGAGGCUAGACCACGGCAGACUUGGAUCUAGGAAAGAAAAUAAUAGGGAAUUAAUUUAGAUUUUUUUUUUUUUCCCAGAAAAAAAGAAAAAAAGAAAAACCGUAAGUCAGUAAAAAGAAAUCUGUUCCAUCGUCCUGCCCAAGCUCUGCCACUAGGCCUGGCAGGACGAGCCAUGCUGUGAGGCCCAGCUCUCGCCUUCAGCACAGACAUCGCAGCAAGUUCAUCAGCAGGCUGAGCAGGAUGGAAUCGGCAGUGGUGGAUCUGGGCACUGCCACCUGCUACAUCUCUGCUCAAAACACAUUUGCAAAAACAGAACUUUGAUUGUCACUUACCCGAGCUUGAAAUAUCCUAGAGAGGGCGAGUGUCCAAGGUGCACAGUUCUGUUCCCUUAGCACGACGGUAUUUCCUUCUGUGUCAAAUACCUACAUGUUUGUUAUGGAAGUUCCUCAUAAUCACUACUAUCAUUUAAAAAUAAUUGAAAGUCAUGUAUUUAAAAAACAAAUAAUAAUGUCACUGUUUUAAUAAACAGAGAUAGGGAAAAAGAAGCCUAACAGUGUUCCUUUAGGGCAUACAUAGUUCUGAAAUGAAAUCAGAAACACAAUGAAAUUACCUUCUGCUUCUCCUUUGGGAAAGCUAAUAUAAAUUAUUUGAGUGCACUAAGAGCAUAUACAGUACAUUUUUUAAAGGUGUAAAAAUCCAGGUAAAUAGGCUGUGAUCAGUUCAGCAGAAUUUUUUCAGUAAGUGACAGUUUUCUCUUCUCUUUUGUAUGGAAAGAAGCACACUGGUGUAAUUACAAAAUGUUGUAUUGGGUUUUUCCCUUAACAGCUAGCCAAGCAAAUUAGUUAACAAACAAAUAAAAUUCCUACAUUCCUAACUAUGCUUUGCUAGGGAUGAAAUAGCUUUAUGCAAUUUUAAAGAUUCUUUUGAAAACACACAUAUCCAGAAUUAGCUUAAGACUAAAUAGUUUUGCAUUGCCAAAGAGGUUGUGUUUUGGUACAUUUGGUUUUAUUUUGCUUUAAAGCUCCUUCCUCCCUACAUUACCUCAGCAAUUCAGAGGUUUCAAGCUGCACCUGAGGAAUCUCAUCUUUCCAGCCUAGCCACCUACACACACAUCUGCAUCCGGCCAGCCAAAACUCUCUUCAAAUUCCUGCUAUUAAUUAGUUCUUGUCCUUCAGGUCACAUUUUGCACACCUCAUUAGUGCCUGCAAAACUCUUCUGCUUUUGAAUAACCGGUACUUGUACUGGUAUAAACACAGAAGCUACAAUUCUCAUCUGUUUUGUAUGGGGCAGCCCCAAGUGCCAGGUAAGGACAAGGCUUCCUGGCUACAGCUGUUCUGGAACAUAACUUAGAAACAAUUCUUCUGUGCUUUGUAUCUCAGAUCACACAUCUUGCAUGUGUAUCAAUAAAAUUAAAUUGGAAAAAUGGUUCUAAUAAAUGUGUAAGCAGUCAGAUAAACCGAGGCGUACUGCAUCAAAAGCAGCCAUGCAACGCAUUAUUAGUUGUCUUUGCUGAAAGGCACUGCUGCUUUCACAGACUGUUCUUCACUCUGCCUGUUCAAUCAAGUAAGCAAUUGAUGCUUUUUAAAAAAAAAGUUUCUUUUCCUGUAGAUUUCUUUGGUUAUAUCAUCUACACAAAAUGAAUCAGGAUUAAUUUUAGGCGUUUCUUGGUACUUAAAGUCACUUGGGACUGCUGGAAAACAUCACAUUGAACCCAUGGUUUUAACCACACAGAUCUGCAGGCAUCACUCUCCUGUUUUGAUUGUUGCCUCUGUCCCUGUCACUAUAGAAACAGAUCACACUGCCAAAAAUGGAAGGAUGAUAAUCAUCUGGAAAAAAUAAAAAGCUGGGAGCACAGCUAAAGAUUAUUUUGAAAGCACUUUCAUGCAUUUUGAUAUUAAUCCCUUUUUGUAAGAGAGACAGCCAGAAGCAAUCAACAGAAGUGGAAGCAAUGCUUUACAUUUCAGGAGAAACCUCGAACAGCAUUUUCCCUCAUUUAUCCUUUAAAGUUUUUUAAUAUCUAUAUGGGCAAAACAAACUACAUUACAGCAAACAGUUUCUGAUCACUGGAAGCAGCGUGAAGUCCUGCCUGCUAGACUGAAGUGUCACGGCCUGGUGCCUUUUUCUCUGGCUUGCAUUCAGAGUUUCUGCUCCUCUUGCCUAUAGUGUUCUGCAGAGCAUUUUGGGCUUCUGCUGUUAAUUUCCGACAGACCGGGCGCUAGCAGGGAUGAUCCGGAGGCUGCCCAGCCCGCAGCCCGUCCCGUCGCGUACUGACAGAUCUCUCGGGACAACGGCCGGAGGCGGAGCCCAGCCCGAAGGGAAAACGCCGUGGUUACAUCCCCAGCCUUGCUCCUCCGUGCCGUGCGAGCCCGGGCCCAGCGAUGGAGCGGCGCCGGGCGGCGGCACAGGCCGGGCAGGGCGGCGCCAGGCCCCGGCACAGCAGCAAGGGUCGCUCCGGGGCCGGCGGCGCCAGGCCCCGGCACAGCAGCAAGGGUCGCUCCGGGGCCGGCGGCGCCAGGCCCCGGCACAGCAGCAAGGGUCGGUCCGGGGCCGGCAGGAAGGCGGCACCAGUGAGGGCCGCGGCCGCGCUCCCUUCAGGCCGUCCCCGCUCGGGCCGGGCCCGGGGCUGCGCGUCCCCGCAGGAGCGGGCCGAGCCGCCGUCGGGCGCGGGGCUGCCGGGGGAGCUGGGCCGGCGGUGCUGGCUGGCGCUGCGCUGCGAGCGGCUGCCGCGGGAGCCGGAGGCGCCAGCAGAGAACCCCUCCCCUGGUGCACUCGUGGCAAAAUCGGAGGAGCCGCUGGUGGAGAGUGAGGCACGUGGAGAUCCUCCAGCACCUUUUCUGGAUGGACAACGAUACUAUGAACAGGGGUUAUACAAAGAAGCAUUGAAGCAAUUUGAAAAAAUCCAGGAUACAGAUUUUCAAGCAAUGUAUCAGCUUGGCGUAAUGUAUUAUGAUGGACUUGGCACUAAAAAAGAUCCUGGAAGGGGAGUGGAAUACAUGAAUAAAAUACUCAACUCUGAUUCCCCAGAAGCAAGUCACUUGAAGUUUGCAGCUGCAUACAAUCUUGGCAGGGCAUAUUAUGAAGGAUGUGGUGUUAAACCUUCAGCUGAAGAGGCUGAAAGGUUGUGGCUUAUUGCUGCAGACGAUGGAAAUCCAAAAGCAAGUGUAAAGGCCCAGAGUACUUUAGGAAUGCUUUAUUCUAUGCCAUUUCUAAAAGAUAUGAAGAAGGCCUUUUUCUGGCAUUCAGAAGCAUGUGAAAAUGGAAAUCUGGAAUCAAAGGGAGCACUUGGCAUUAUGUAUCUCUAUGGACAAGGUACACGUCGAAACACAAAAGCUGCUUUGGAGUAUUUGAGAGAAGCAACAGAACUUGGAAAUACCUAUGCUCAAGGCCAUCUUGUGGAAUAUUACUACACUAGAAAAUUUUAUUCAAAAGCCGCUGCACUAGCCAAAAGGGCUACAGCAAAUGAGGACAUCAGCAUGCUAGCCAAGGUAACUGAUUGUCAUCCAACAUAUUUAGCCAAGGGGGCUGCUAUGGCUGCUUUCUACUUGGCUAGAUGCCUCCAGCUUGGCCGAGGCACAGAGAAAAACCAGCAGGCUGCUAAGACGUACUAUUCUAAAGCAUGCUAUCUGGAUCCUGUUGUUGCUUCUCACCUUGAACUGGCAGCUAAUCUUGGGAGAAUUUAGUGUUUCUUUUAACUGUGACUGGUAUAUAAAUAUAUUUCCUACAAUAAACCAUCAUUAAUCUCCAGCAA